AUGGCUUAUAUCGCACAACCUUUCAGAUUGGCGAAUCUGCCCAAAAUAUCGUCGCUCAAUAAUUAUGCGCAGCAGACUAGCUACCUACAGGUAGCAGACGUCCUUGAGCCCACAUCCAAUACGGUGACCGUCGGCGUCUCCGGGAGCAGCAUAUCGCAGUACGUUAUCAACCCCACGCCAAAGCUGGUAUAUAAUAUCCCAAUUCCAUCGACCAACGUUGUGACGGGAUGUGACGUUCUGGCCAUGAGCGAUGGGGCCGAGCUGUGGAGCUAUGCUUUGACAGCCAACGGUAAGGUACACACAUUGCACGCUGUGCUGCGGAAGGCAGGUGCAGCUCCACAAGAGACAGGGCUGGACGCUUCGGAAGACGAGCACUUUAAGCAGACAUUGAAGGGACGCGUGGUCAGAGUGCGUAUACUCUCCGCGUGUAAGAGAAUCAUGGUUGUGUUGGACUGCGGCCUCAUACAGACCUACGACUACCAGUUGCAGCUGCUGCAUUCGCUCGAUAUCUCGUAUACGAAUGUGGGGCUGGUGGAGUACUUCACAGAUUCCGCGGGAAAGGAUUACAUGUUUGUGCUGUGCGACAUCCAGAAUAAGAAGACGUGCUACAAACUGUUCCAGCUAAACCACUCCGCGGAGAACCUGCCUAUCACCGAGCUGAACUCUGUUAUCCUAGAAGAUUUCGCGCUUGCGGAGUCGAAGAUGGUGUAUCAGUUCGGAAAACUGUACAGGCUCGUCGACAGCAAAAUGUACGUAUACAGUCUGCCGCACUUCCAGCUAUCGCAUUGUGUGCCACUUCCAUUCGUGCGUAAAGACGAUCAAGUGUCUUUGCAAGCGAUUUCCACCAACAGGCUUCUGUUGACCUGUUGCAACAAGAUCUUCCUAUUGGAUCUACUGCAUAAUGCCAUCCUAUACGAGCGCGAGCUCUCCAACAUAAAGUUCUUCCAGCUUCUGCGCGCUGCGGUGAUUCCGGGCACUACGCCCGGAGAAAGCAACAGAACGUUUGCCAUCGGUGUCUCAACCAAGCAGGGUUCAAAUCCUUCCAGUGCUUUGGACGUUGUCACAAUCGCCGUGGGGACCGGUACUCUGAAGGACUCUCUGGGCAAGGGCUUUUUGUCAGGCGAACACCGCAGGACGGAAGCUCUAAAGCCGCUUUUUGGUACAGACGACGAUGAAUCCCCCAACAUCGAUUUUGCUGCGAUUCUUGCUGAACUGACGUCAAGGACCACCCCUAAGGCCUUCGACAGCAUAUUCUACAAGCGCCUCGGUCCUAAAAAAGAAUAUUACACAGAGCACGAUCGGUUUAUCAAUAACUCGGAAUUCCUCGCCGGGAUUCUAGAUCAUAUCUUUGCGACUUUCGCAGACGAGUUCCCGAAGGCGCUCAUUUACCUUCUCACGCACCCGCUCUUCCCAAGCUCGCAUACCAAAGGCUUGCUGCCCAAACUCAAGGCUCAUCCGCGCCUCUUCAAGCAAGCCGUUGUUACAUGCCCCAAUCUGCCGCUCGAUGAGCUGCUCCACGAGCUGUUCACGGUUCUCAACGAUGAGCUGUCGCUAGACCUUUCUCUGCGGGUUCUGCAAGAGUUCACCAAGGAGGACAUCAAGCAAGGUAUCAGGGAGCUAAGCAGGGUGGACUUGCACAAUUUCCUCAAUUUCGUCAUUAAAGACUCCACCGAUGUCGAGGAAAGACAGAAGGCUAAGCCGCAGCUCUUCCAGCUGCUGAGCCUGGUCAUCGAUGCAGUGGGGUUACUCGCUCUUGAGGGGGAUAUUCUGCACAGACUUUCCGCCUUUAUUGAUUCGCAGGUCGCUGUCGCAGAUCAGCUGGUCGAGCUUUUGUACCUCUUAGAAAACUCUAGCACCAAAAAGGGCAAACAUCUGAACAGCGUCACAAGGCUAGACGAAUCUCCCGUAGCUGCCACGAUACCAUUGUAUAGUGUGGAGUACUUAGAUAGUUAG